AUGGCUCGCCGUCCCGCUAGAUGUUACAGAUACUGCAAGAACAAGCCGUUCCCCAAGUCUAGAUACAAUCGUGGUGUCCCCGACGCCAAGAUUAGAAUCUACGAUCUCGGCAGAAAGAGAGCUGAAGUUGACGACUUCCCUCUCUGUGUCCACCUCGUCUCUAACGAGCUCGAACAGCUUUCUUCUGAAGCUCUUGAAGCCGCCCGUAUCUGCGCCAACAAGUACAUCACUAAGGUCUCUGGCAGAGAAUCUUUCCAUCUCCGUAUCCGUGUCCACCCCUUCCACGUCCUCCGUAUCAACAAGAUGUUGUCGUGCGCCGGUGCCGAUAGAUUGCAACAGGGUAUGCGUGGUGCCUGGGGUAAGCCCCAGGGUCUUGCCGCCCGUGUCAACAUUGGCCAGAUUAUUGUCUCUGUCCGCACCAAGGAUUCCAACAAGGCUGUUGUCAUUGAGGGUCUCCGUCGUGCCAGAUACAAAUUCCCUGGUCAGCAGAAGAUUAUCAUUUCCAAGAAGUGGGGUUUCACCAACCUUGACCGUGAUGUCUAUGCUCAGCGCCGUGCUGCUGGUGAGAUCAAGGAUGAUGGUUCCUUUGUCAAGUUCUUGACCAAGAAGGGCAACCUCUUUGACUCUCUUACCAACUUCCCUGACUACGUCCCUGAGUCUGCUUCUGCCUAA